ACGGGAACGAAGAAUGGAUGUGACCAAGGAGGAUGUGGAGCGUGUACAGUAAUGGCGUCAUGGUGGAAUCCAGCUCAGGAGAUCGUUAGAUCUAAAAACAUUAAUGCAUGUAUAACUCCACUCUGCUAUCUCCAUGGUUACGCCGUUACGACGAUAGAAGGUGUUGGCAGUCAAAAGAAAGGCUUACAUCCAAUACAGGAGAAUUUGGUGGCAUGUCAUGGUGUACAGUGUGGAUAUUGUUCCCCGGGGAUGAUAAUGUCUGUGUUCACACUCACACACACAGAUAGCGAACCGUCACAGGAACGUCUGGAGCAGGCCCUGGAAGGUAACCUUUGUAGAUGCACCGGAUACCGACCCAUCAUAGAAGCAUUCAAACCACUGUGUAAGGUCCGUGGGAAGGAAUGUGGUGACAUUGAAGACAUUUGUCAAUUUCGGACUUGUGAAGUGAAAAGUGGUCAGGAUCCAUCUAGUGACUACGCCUCAUCCUCUGAUUUACAGUUGCUAGGUUCCAACAGUGUACGUUUUGUAUCCGGGAAUAUGGUGUGGAUCAGACCAACUACACUAAAGGAAGUCCUGGAAUUGAUGGAGGAUAUCCCGGGAGCCAGACUGGUCAUGGGAGCUACCGCUAUGAGUUACGGAAUGAAGAAAGGACACCGAAAUGAGGGUACGCUAAUCUGCUGUUCUCACGUGAAGGAAAUGAAUAUGUUCCUGUUGAAUAACCAUUUACUGGAGGUCGGUGCGGCAGUCGAUCUGGCAUCUUUUGAGGGACGUUUAAACGAAAUCAUCACAGCCGAUAAUACAGGCCUCAGUAACACAUGUUUCCAUGCACUGAAGGAGAGUUUACGAUGGCUGGGCUCAGACCAGAUAAAGAACAUGUCGACAAUUGGUGGCCAUCUUGCACUUUGUGACCCACGCUCAGACCUGUACCCUGUACUGAUGGCUCUAGGGGCAAAGGCGAUGAUAGCUACGAAAGAUGGACAGUCAGAAAUUCCAAUCGAUGAAGAUUUUAUUUCUGGACCUUGGAAAUCUAGUCUGAAGGGAUCGGAUGUGAUCGUCUCGAUACGGAUACCAACGCCCACGAACAACCAAACGUUUUACUAUAAGCAAGCCAAGAGGAAAAGCUUUGACUACGCCAUCGCCAAUGCCUGUUUUACCAUUACUCUGGCAGAGGAGACGGUGACAUCUGCGCGUCUGUAUUUUGGUGGAAUAGGACGAACAUUUACAUCAGCAUCAAAUACAGCCAAUCUUCUUGUUGGGAAAAAAUUGAACUCUUCAACGUUUGAUAAAGUACAGGAUAUGCUCAACGAGGACAUCAAACAAAUACAGAUGGAGACUGAAAGUAAAUACAAACUAAAGUUGGCCCAGGGAUUUUUGCGCAAGUUCUGGAAUCAAGUAGCGGUAGAUAUUAAGGAGACAGAUGCGAAAGCUGAUACUCGUGACUGGGGUAUCAGCACAGGCACACAAGUAUGGGAGGCUCCUUCCCCGACUCAGCCAGAACAUGACGCGGUAGGCAAGCCCAUUCCUAUUGUAGGGGGGCGUUCUCUGGUGACAGGAGAGGCGACGUUUGUUGCAGACAUGCCACGUCGUCAAGGCGAGAUCUGGGUCGAGCUCGUCUGUAGUACCAGAGCACACGCCAGGAUUCUGAAGUUAGAUGUGACCAAAGCAAGAAAGGUCCCGGGUUUCGUGGAUUAUAUGGACUCAAGUUGGAUUCCAGGGAAGAAUGAGUGGGGAAUCAUUGUAAAAGACGAUGUCCUAUUUGCAACAACAGAGGUACAAUUCUAUGGACAACCGGUUGGUGCAGUUCUGGCAGAAACAGAAGAGGCAGCUAAAAAGGCAGCAGCGCUAGUGGCCAUAGAUUAUGAAGACCUUCCUGCUAUUUUGACACUAAAGGAUGCCAUCAGCAAAGAAUCAUUUAUACCAUAUGAAAACAAACCAUUGCAAGUCGGGGAUCCUGAUACGGAGUUUGAAAACUGUGACAUUGUUCGGGAGGGCGUAAUCCAGACAGCUUAUCAGGAACAUAUGUACAUGGAGCCUAACGCAUCGCUCGUUAUACCACAGGAAGAUGAUGAAUUAGAGGUCUUCAUUACAACGCAAACACAGCAAUUUUGUCAGAACGCAGUGAGCGAGCUGUUGAACAUCCCGGCAAAUCGCGUUACAGUCAGAACAAAACGGAUUGGUGGCGGUUUCGGCGGAAAGGAGUGCCGAACCAUGUAUGUGUGUGGUCCGCCGGCCGUGGCAGCCUACAGGACAGGGAGACCAGCUCGCUGUGUAUUCGAUAGAUCCAAAGAUAUCAUGAUAACGGGAAAACGUCACCCAUUCCUCGCAGAAUACAAAGCUGGAUUCAAGAACAAUGGUAAAUUGAAUGCGAUCAAGAUGAAGAUUUUCGUUGAUGCUGGCUACUCUGUCGAUGUUACACCAUGGAUUAUGAACAAGAUCAUGCUCCACGUGGACGGAAGUUACAAAAUACCAAACUACAGAGUAGAAGGAUAUAUCUGCCGGACCAAUACUCCGUCCAACACAGCCUUCCGAGGAUUCGGGGCACCAGAGGGGGCCUUCAUCAUUGAAUCACUCAUAGCAGAUUUUGAGACAACUCUUACGGUACCUCGUGAACAGAUCCGAUCGACUAAUUUAUACAAGGAAGGAGACUCUACACAUUACAACUCUAUCCUGACGGACUGUAAUAUAGAAAAAUGCUGGAACGAAUGCAUGGUUCAGAGCAACUUCGCUCAGAAGAAGGAGGACAUCAAACAGUUUAACAAUUUACAUGAAUUGAGAAAGAGAGGAGUAGCCAUCAUGCCAUCCAAAUGCUCAGUGUCAUACCCGUCUAAAGCUGAAAAUCAGGGAUGUGCCCUUGUGAACGUGUACCUGGAUGGAUCAGUACUGAUAUCACACGGUGGAAUAGAGAUGGGACAGGGACUACAUACUAAGAUGAUACAAGUGGCUUCAAGAGCUCUCGACAUUCCUAUGGAUAACGUGCACAUCAAUGAUACUGGAACAAAUAUCACUCCUAAUCCUGUACCGUCAGCGGCAAGCACUAGCACCGACCUUUACGGGGAGGCCGUGCUGAAUGCAUGCAGAACACUCAAGGAAAGACUGGCACCACUCCAAGAGAAGAACCCGCAAAUAUCCUGGCCAAAUCUGGUUCAGAAAGCUUUUCAUGAACGAGUCAGUCUGUCAGCUACCGGCUUUAGUAGAGUUGGAACCAAUCAUCGGGAUUUUGAGAAAGGGGAGGGCGACCCUUAUAACUACUAUACAUUUGGUGCGUGCUGCUCCGUCGUGGAGAUAGACUGUUUGACAGGAGAACACCAGGUGCUAAGUACUGAUAUUGUUAUGGAUGUCGGCAAAAGUCUCAACCCUGGUAUAGACAUAGGGCAGAUAGAGGGCGCCUUCGUACAGGGAUACGGGUGGCUAACGUCAGAAGAAAUAGUAGUGAAAGCAGAUGGCCGGUACAACAUUUCCGGACCAGUUGAUUAUAAGAUUCCAAACGUCAAGGAUAUCCCAAGAGAGAUUAAAGUGGCACUCUUAAAAGAUUGUCCCAACGAGAGAGCAGUGUAUUCUUCUAAAGGAAUCGGAGAGCCACCAUUACUCCUUUCUAUAUCUGUGUAUCUGGCCCUGAGAGACGCCAUUAACACUGCUAGGAAAGACACUGGUCUGUCUCCAGUAUCCGGACUGGACAUCCCACUUACUGCUGAAGCCAUACGGUCUGCGUGCCCAUGAAUUUUAACAUGAGAUAUGUUGCUAUGGCAUAGACUUGAUUUGUCUACCGGUAUAUCAAGAGGAAUCAACAUGUAAUGGAAACGUUGAAAGUACUUUAGAUGCACGAAGUCGCAAAACACAUUAAUGUCCUAGUAAAAAUGUGCUUGGUAUGAAAUAUCCAUCAGCUGAUAAUUACAUUACUGGAACAAGUUUGUUACUCAAACAUCCAUCAUACAAAAGGAUCAAUUAUAGAGAAUUCCAUGUCAAGGUACACAGGAUGAUAAGGGCAGGGCUGGUGAAGAUGAGGCUUAUUGCAUAAUGAAUAUUUUAAAGGUUUCUUAAUCAUAUAUAAUUAAUAAAAUGUGACUUAGAAAGUCCUCGUUUACACAUUG